AUGAAGAUCUUCUUAGUAGCUGCCCUACUCGUUGGCCUUGCCGUGUUCUUGGCCGAGGCAUGCCCUAUUGCUGCACUUAGCAACACCCGUGACUCAUGGAUGGUCAAGUACUGUGAUUCGACCGGCCUCAAGGGCAAAUCGAAUGCCGUCCCUAUUGGCUUCUACGACGGAAUCGCUUCCAUGAAGGUGUACGAUCAGGUCAAGUGCACCGCUUACACGGACGCGGAUUGCAGUGGCAGUGGACAUAACUAUCAGACAGGCACAUUUCCCAACGUCGGCAAAGUCCAGUCUUUCAGGUGCAGCAGACAGUAG